UAUCAACCAACUUCAUUUUAUAUCAAUCCAGUAUUAUAUUUUUUUAACUAAAAAAUAAAUUAUUAAUUUAUAUCACAGCUCUAAAAAAAUAUAUAUUUUUAAUCAGCGCAAUGAUUCUAAAUUUAUGAAAUUAAUCACUAGUAAAGUUUUCAAUAUGAAUCCAAAAAGUCCUGAAGCGAGGAGGAGAGAUGAAAAUCCUUUUGAUGGCUUAAAAAUAACGAAUACCGAAAUUCUAAGCACUUUAGAAAGGCGUAGUCAAUGUCCACGCUGUGGUAAAUCACGCAUGUAUUUUUGCUAUACUUGUUUUGUACCUAUUUCUGAAUUAGAAAGUAAAAUACCUUCAUGUAAAUUACCUAUAAAAGUGGAUAUAAUUAAACAUAAGCGGGAGAUUGAUGGUAAAAGCACUGCUGCUCAUGCAGCUGUAUUAGCUCCAAAUGAUGUGAGAGUUUUUACAUAUCCCGACAUACCUAGCUACGAAAAGGAAGAAAGAGUAGUACUUCUUUUUCCAGGAACAGAUGCCUGUACUGUAACAGAAUUGUAUAAAGGUAAAGGGAAUAGUGUAUCCUAUGCAGAUAACCUCCUUGCUGAACUACCACAAGGUUAUAAUGUUGGUACAUUGAUGAGAAAAGUCUUCCAUAACAAUAAAGAUGAAAAUAAAAUAUAUCAUUCAGACAUUCUACCUAUAGAUAGAUUAAUAUUAAUAGAUAGCACAUGGAACCAGAGUCGAGGUAUAUAUGCUGAUAGUAGAUUACAAGUUAUACCAAAAGUGGUAUUACAAAAUAGAGUAUCUCAAUUUUGGCGACAUCAAAAAGGGAGUCCAAGGUGGUAUUUGUCUACAGUUGAAGCUUUACACCAGUUUCUAUUAGAAUUGCAUAUUUGUGCUUGGGGUUGUGAUGCUGGCUAUACAACAGAGCUUACCAUUAAUUCUCCAGUACAUAGUGAAGAACCCCAUUCACAGUGUAUACCUUAUAAUGGACAAUAUGACAACUUAUUAUUCUUUUUCAAAUUUAUGUAUGAAAAGCUUCAUUCUAUAUACAAACAUGAAGAUAUGUUAGCAUACAAAAGACCAAUGGAAGUAUGAUAAAUGAUAAUAUAGAAAAUUGAGGAUUAAUAAAUACAUUUUAUUAUAAGUUU